AUGAAUGAGUUCCUAUACUUUAAUGCCCUCAUGGCCUUUCCUCUAGCACCACCCUCAGGAGAGUUUAGCACACUGUGUGUCUGUCUUCCUGUCAGGGUGAAUCAAGAGGUGUCAGCAGACUCCAGAGAAGCUAAGAGUUAUCUGAAGAGCCAGAGCACCAAACCGGAGGAGAAUGGUGACGAAGAGAAGAGGUCAUCGGCCAGCCAAGCGCAUCUUCCUGGCCCCAGCGCCAAGCGGCCGGCUGGCAUGACGAGCCUCCUGAGUCGUAUCGGGGGGAAAAAACCCAAGAUGAGCACACUGGAAAAAUCUAAGAUGGACUGGGACGCUUUUAAAUCAGAGGAGGGCAUCACUGAGGAGCUGGCCAUCCACAACCGAGGCAGAGAGGGGUAUGUGGAGAGGAAGAACUUCUUGGAGCGCGUCGACCACCGGCAGUUUGAGAUAGAAAAAGCUGUGCGACUGAGCAACAUGAAACAGUGAAACUCACAGUACACACACACAGCGUGGAACCGAUGUUUAGACUUCCUGUAUCCAGCUUUCUCUCUCCCUCUAAUGACAGAGUUGCUAUUCCCCCACUAAGAGGAGUUCUGGUGCUGUGGCUUGAGUCUAUAUCAGGAUGGGGAUAUUAAUAGGCAGUGUGUGUGGUGGGGUGGGGUGAGUGUUCCUGUACUUCCAUCCUUUUGAGAACCAAUUUGAGUUUCAAACCUUUACAGUGAGGACGUUUUUGGAAAGUGAGGUUGUUCUUGGUUAUUCUGGUCUAUUUACAACUUUUGUCUUAUUUUUGUAGUUGUGACCAUUAUUUCUAACUGUAAUUAAUAACAUUGUACCUAACAAGUUAAGUGCUGAGAUGUGGGAACACAGUGACAGUCACUGAAAAAAUGUAUCUCAUAAAUACUUUAAUGCAUAUGUUAGGAUCUGGUUAAGGUUGCAUUAAAGGUUGAGGUUGGGUCGGACAGCGGGUAUUUUUUGGCACUGUAAAUUUCCCUUUAAAGUUCACCUUCAGACCCUGCUUCCACAUGGCAAGAACAUGUUAUCUGUGCAGUCAGUCGAUCUCAGCCAGGUGUAAUCUACAUCUAUAGAGGGUGAUCUCAUCCUGAGGAGAAAAAAAUACCCCAAGAAGUUGAAAGGUCACCUAUAACUCCGCCUCUUUCUGCUACCUCAAGCUGCUCAACAAAAAGCUUCAGGUGCUACCUUCCUCGGCAAAAGAAAACUGUUUCAGCGGUGUCAGAUGGUUUGAACUCGAGUCAGGAGAGUUUCAUGUCCAUCAAAGUUUUAGAAAUACUCCAAGCGAUAGUCACCUAAUAUUGCAGAAGGAAUCCUGCCCCAGACACUACGUUACGUAGUGCUGAUGGUUAAAGCCCCCAUGUGUAGGUUUUGAACAUUUCUGACUUUAUCAUUUCCUAUUUGUACAAUAAAAUAACACAGGAGUGAAUGAAUGCUGUGAGGUUUGAUAUGUGUCAGAUGUUUGGUUAGAUUCAGACCAUUUUUGACUAUCUUCCAUUCUUUCAGUGUUGAUGUAAUGCCUUUUAAGUUUGAACAUUUUCAUACUUUGUAUCAUGAGACACUGAAACACCAUGCUGACCACUGAAAUGCUGAUAAUGUGUUCAUGCUUUCUGCGGACCCUGUAAUGUGUACUACAGUAGAAGUGUAAUCAGCCAGAUCCAUCAUAUCAGCGGAGGAGCACACUGGUUGGAGCAGAUGUGAUGGCUGAUAUCGGCCUGUCCAUCAGGUGUUGCUUUGUCCUGUUGAGCUGACAGGUGGAGCGUAUGCAUUGUUAGUUUGACUGGAGGUUUGAUACAGUGCUCUGUUUCUUCAUGUAAAAGUUAAACAUCCAAUAAACACAAACGGAUCAUUUUAA